AUGACGGUGCACGCGUGGCACGCGGCGCGCGUGAGCCGCGCUCCAGCGCCCAACUCACUGCUGCGGUGCCCGCGCGCCGCUCGCCGGCCCUUGGUCGCGCGUGCCGGCGCGGAAGGAGGAUGGGAGCGGCCUGCAGAUCUACCAGACCCCGUCGACACGAGGUUCGACCAGCACACCAAGCCCUGGCACUUCGGGUUCCAGCUCAACGAGAGGUACCUGGAGUGGGACGCGAGCGCCGGCCGCCAGCUGCUCCGCAUGGUCGUUUCGCAGCGGCUCGAGCGCGACCUCGCCACCGUUGACGCGCAGCUCCGCACCCUCGCCGCCCUGCUGCCGUCGCUGGCGUCGCGCCUCGAGAACAUGAAGGCCGACCUCGUCUGCGACCUCCUCAGGGACCCCGACGCCACGGCCGACGCCCUCCUCGCCAUCAAGCAGGAGCUCCCGGGCUGCGACGUCGACUCCCUCGUCGCGCGGCUCCCCGCCGCGGCGACCCGCCUCGGCGCCGACGGCGUCCGCGACCGCGUGCAGGCGUGGCGUGACGCGCUGCCCGACACCGACAUCCCCGCGCUCGUCGCGAAGGAGCCCCGCCUUCUCAACGUCACCGACAUUCCGGCGUUAUUCGAGGAGAUCGCGCGGCUGAUGCCGGGAAGCGAGCCUGCCGAGGUUCUGGUGACGUCGCCGGGGCUCGUGUUGCCCAUGGAGGUCAGCGGGCUGGAGUCGAGCGCGGAGCGCGGGGAAGACCAUCUGAAGUCGUGA